ACCAGGGUUUUCAGGUGCUGCGCGGUGCUUUGCCCGAAAAUAGUUCCAGAUAUAAAUUGGUCUAGUAAAUCCCUUCGUGUUAAUUUGCAUUGAUGUGUACUCGAUGUGAAUAUACAGGUCGUGAGAAAUAAAUAUAAAAAAUAUUGAGUUAUUUGAUUCACUUUUGCAACGACAAUGCUAGCUGGAUACGCCGGAUUACAGCGACUACGCUAAGCUAAAGCUAACCGGGACGUUUCCAGAUCAGGACAAUGGCUGGGUCGGCUACAGAACACUUUGGCUCACUCAUCCAACUCUAGGGACUGACUCAAUUUCACUUGGGGGUGGCAUACUCCUUUAAGUUUAGACAUGGAACUGUUUUUUUUUCUUUUUGUUUAUUUUGCCUCUUUCCUGGGAAAUGUUUGGACUAUAACACGGAGCUCGGAAGUUCUGUUUAUCUCCCGCUUUCUGUUCAUCUUUCAUCAGCAGACGUAGACUUCCGAGCUGCCCUGGUCCUGUUACCAAUACUCUUCAAAGAGAAACUGGACAAUUACAUUUCGCUGACUGAUGGAGAACCAGCGACGCCCUACCCCACCGUCCAAGUGGCUGGGUCAUACACCUGGACUCAGGUUUUCACAGAGAAACGCGUUCCAGUGACCAUAAAGGUGGAUGGCUCCACUUUCUGCAGUGCCGUUGGUGUGGAGGAUGGAGUUCUGUCAGCUUUCUGCAUGUAUUUUGUUUUCUCUCUUCAGUACCCUAGCCACAACAGAAACACACUCAUAUUUCUGCAACAACACAUCUUGAAAGUAACCGACCCUGCUGAUAAGGCCUUGCCAACAGCUGCUCUGAGGGCCAUUAAUUUACUGGCUUGAGUAUGCCUCGCCCCUUUUCUUGUCCAAAGUGCUCCCGGAGAGCCUUUACUUUAGUCAAACUGAUUCAUCACUUCGGAUUAAUUCAUUCGCAUGAGGCUGAUUUUUCUAUUUGCUGCUGCCUUGAUGAUUGUCAAUGUACAUUUACAAAAUAUGAGUCUUACAGGAGGCACAUAUACAGAAAACAUAAAAAGUGGGUUGUGGCCCCUCAAGAAUUGACUGUGGAGGACGAGGAGGUUGAAGAAAACGCAUAUGAAAACAAUUUGGUAGAGUUUGAUGAGCCAAGCCAUGCAGAUAUCAACACUCUUACAGAAAGCAUACAGAAAAUGUUGAUGACCCAUUCCUUGAAAUGGAGAGAGAAACAUGUUCUUCCUCAGUUAGUUCAGCAAGACAUUACUGAUGACGUGGCUGUUAUUUUGAGUAACUUCAAAGAACAGUAUGACACUCUUAUUACUCAACAUUUGGAACAAAAAGGAUUUAGUUUAUCCGACUGUCCUGAAUUUGCAGAACUUUUUCAGUCUCCUGAUCUGUUUAGUGAGGCUGCUAAUGUGGUUCACUCUAAACAUUUGUUUACAGAGUACUGUAAAUCAAAUCUGGACCUGACUGAAUCUGUGCAGUAUAUUCUGAGAGAUUCUCUUGGGUCAAAAGUUGGAACAUGUUCAUAUGUCCCCAUAAUUGACGUUUUGAAAAAAUACUGUAGUCAUAAUGAUAUUUGGGAACAUAUACAGUUUCAAAAUAACCAGUUGGUGAAUAAGGAUGUCUUAACUGACUAUAGAGAUGGUUUACUAUUUAAGGAGCACCCAUUUUUCAAAAUUCAUUCCGAUGCCCUACGCUUACACUUUUAUCAGGAUGAAUUUGAGGUCGUUAAUCCUCUGGGUGCUAAACGUGGUAAAUACAAACUUUCUGCUGUAUAUUACACCAUUGGCAACCUUCAUGGAAAAUAGCGCUCCCAUGUCAAACAUAUACAUCUUGCCGUUAUUUAAAGAUUCUUUACGGAAAAGCGUUGAUUUGGAGACCAUUUUUAAACCACUUCUUAGGGAUUUAACAACACUGUCGUCAGAAGGAUUUACCAUUCUUGUAAAUGGUCAGGAGCACUUGAUGCAUGCUGCAGUAGCCACUAUAUCAGGAGACAACUUAUCAGCACACAUGGUUGGUGGUUUCCGUAUGACUUUUAACUCUGGGCGCAUCUGCAGGUAUUGCAUGGCCACGUCAUCAAGUAAAAAUGAUUAUUUUAGUGAAAAGGACUUUACUCUUCAAACUUCAGAUGUUCACAAGUACCAUCUUGAGUCUAUUAAGGAAAACCCAAGUAACUGUGCACUGUAUGGGGUGCAAAGAAGUUGUCCGUUUGACUCCCUAGAUUACUUUGACGUCACAACUUGUUUACCACCUGACAUCAUGCAUGAUGUGCGAGAGGGUGUUAUACCAUUAGUAUUAUGUCUUGUCAUUUGCCAGGCUCAUCAAGCAAAACACGUUACCAUACAUGAGUUAAAUGAUGCACUGAAACACAUGUCAAUAGGCCAAAAUGAUUGUUUGAACAGACCAGUAGCAGUUUCAGACAGGAUGCUUGGUUAUUCUGGUCUAUCAGCCUAGCGCAUGUUGAUGUGGCAAUAUUAGCCCACUCCAAAGGCACUACACACACACACAUGCACGCACACACACACCACACACACACACAUGCACGCACACACACACCACACACACAUAAAUGCAGACACACAUGCAGACAUACAGAUACACGCACACACACACCUUUUAUCGGCCCACCUUUUUGGCAGGGAGCCAGGAGUGGGAGUCUGCAUUAACAGCUCCUCACAGGCACAUCAUGGCUGACUGUACACGCACACAGGCGCACAUAUAUACACACACACACACUGAUACACACACAUACAGUACGUGAGAAGACACACUUACACACACACACACACACACACACCACAGAUACUGCACAGACUGCACUCCAUCCUGAGGUCCAUACCAGGUCUGAUGGUCCAUACCAGUCGCCUGAGCCCUUUUUGGGACAUGGUGCAGUCAGCCUACGAAAACCUAAAUAUCUCAGCCUCUGAAGCACAUAAAAACAUGAAAUGAAUUGCAUUUAAAAGCCAGGACCCUCAUCUCGCAUUAGAACUUGAUCAUCCAUGUUUUUCGGAGAAAACUGUUUUCUUUAAAAUGUCUCAAUAAACUUGUGAGUUCAUUGUUCCACUGAUACUAGCAAACUGACAAGGGCCAGAGGCACCAAGGUAGCCCCAAAUAAUGACGCUCCUGCCACCAUACUUAAAAGUGGAGAUGUGGUUUUGGUGAAGGUGUGGUUCUUCAGCUUUCCUCCAAACAUGACAUUGUGCGUUCCCCUAAACAAUUCAACUUUGGAUUCAACUUUGGUCUACAUAGUAUGUAGCAGUAAUUCUGUGAAGCAUAUAAAUGCUUUUUUGCAACCCUCAAAGGUGCAGCAAUAUUUUUUUGGCAGAAACCCCAUAAUUUCUCUUUGGCAGAAUGAACCCCAUUCUUGUUUGUUUUUGUCAGUAUUGUAGAUAUGUCAACAGAGAUUGUGGCAUGUUGCAGUGAUUUCUGUAAGCCUUCAGCUGACCCUCUUGAAUUGUUUUAACCUCAUUGAGGGUUUAGUGCUGUGUCUUUGGAGUCAGUUUUGCAGGGCAAUCACCACUUGGGACAGAGGCAACACUGCUGAGCUGUCUCUAUUUAUAGACACAAUCGAUAGGCAUGCAUUUCUGACCGUCAAGAUUGUUAGAGGUGGUUUUGUCACCUUUUGGAGCUUUAUACAAAUCAGUAACUCUUGAUCAUAGGUCUUGAGAAAAAUAUUUUGAGCGAGGCAUGGUGCACAUCAGACAAUGGCUUUCCAUGAAUUCUUAAUUGGUGUGUGUUUUCCACUGGCCAGGGUAGCAUUAAGUGACACCUGAGCAAUUGAAAUUGAAAUCUGCCCAUUGUGUAAUAUUCUUGUUCGUCUGUGCUUCUAAUUAACUUUUGAGGAAUCCUUAGCCAAGGGUGUACUUACUUUUGCCUCACUGCCAUGUGAAUGUUAACACUUUAUGGCUGAUAAAGGCAUGAUAAAAUGUAAUUAUUUUGGUAGUAUUAGUUAAAGCAGACAGUGUUUGAUCAUUCAUGUGAUUCUGGUGAAGAUUAGAUCAUAAUUUAUGACCAAAUUAAGUUAAAAUGUGAGAAAUUUGAAAGGGUGUACAAACUUUUUCCUCCGACUGUACUUUUCUUUCUU